AUGCUCUCUCCCUCUGUGCUUCGUCUCUCUUUCCUUCCCCCUCAAGAAUUUCGGAGAACUUACGCAGCCGGAAACCUGCAGCAUCGUAAGGGAAGCAAGCUGUGUGUGUAUCUCCAGUCAGCGAGCGUCCUUUCCCAACAAUGCGACAUCCCUAUUGAUCGUUCGGAGGGCAGACUGACGGAUGACGGCGGUGAUUCGGCGGGCAGACGCGGUUCUGCAAGCGUGGAUCAUGAUGAGAAGCUCCAUGAGCCCGUCGUUGAUGUUGCCGGGCUCGCUGGACUGGACGAUGAAGACAUCUUCGUCGCGGACGCUCUCGCCAACGGUGACACAGUAGAGAAGUCAGCUUUACAUGCCACUCAACGACCGGAGCCUGCCGAGGUUCGAGGGAUUGUUCGCUAA